GGUGAUUACUCCCUUAAUCUAAAGUCUCAGUUUUUGUUCCCCCUUAAUUAUGUGUCAUUACUAUCUGACAAGGCACGAAUGGUGCUCUUGAAUCCACCUUCAUUUUUCAACUUUCUUGUAGUAUUGUAUAUAGUUGUACUCCACCACAUGUUCCUGCUUAAUGAUGUAUACUCAUGCAUUAAACUCUGCAAUAUUAUCCAUCCUCGGAUGAAAAAAAUUAUUUGGGUGGCUCUUAUUUGCCCCGUACCUCAUUAAGUUCUUUUCAUCCUGGGUUCCACAAAAACAAAAUCUGUCUUCAUUUUCACUACAACCUGGUAUUUCUAUGUGGCACAUUAGUGCAUAGUGAUAGUAGAAUUCCAUCUACAAGGCGGAACAAAAAAUUUGUGUCCAUGGAGAAAAACUCUGUUGAUUAUAGUCCUUUGCUUUCUCCUCGAGGUGAUGAAACUGCAAUCAAGACAACAUCUUUUCUUGUGUCAGCUACUAAAUGGACUCUCAAGACUUUGAUCUUGGUGAUCUUUGUUCUAUGGACAACUUUCAUUUUUUCUCUCCCUGCAAAGCCUGUGAAUGAGUUGUUCUCAAAAUGGAAUGAUCUCAACCGUGACACUCCUUUUGGAGUCACAGGAAGCAUUUUUCUGGUCUUCACUGCCCCAAUUCUCAUAAUUGCAUUUCUUGCCAUCGCACACCUAAUUCUUACUGGGGAGGAUCAGCUUCAGGGGAAGAAGACGUCCAAACUUCCAAGGUUUCGCCUAUGGACAUUUCCUGUGCUUGUGAAGGGACCAUUUGGGGUUGUUUCUGCCACAGAGCUUAUUGGGAUUGUCCUCGUUUUGUUGUAUGUUAUCUGGGCUCUCUAUGCUUACACUGUGAGGGCGCUUGAUUUUAUCUCUGAAUUUGAUGUGUCGUCCUUUAGAGACAAGAGCAUAAUCAUGUUCAAAGUUAUGGGACUUCGCACGGGCGCAAUUGGGUUAAUGUGUUUGGCUUUCCUAUUUAUCCCAGUUUCAAGGGGAUCUGUUCUUCUCCGCUAUAUAGAUAUCCCUUUUGAACACGCCACAAGAUAUCAUGUAUGGUUGGGACAUCUUACAAUGGUGAUUUUUACUGUCCACGGACUCCUCUAUGUUGUUGCAUGGGCAAUGGAAGGACACCUUCUACAAGAAUUAGUACAAUGGAAAGAUAUUGGUGUUGCCAAUCUCCCAGGAGUUAUUAGCCUUCUAGCUGGUUUGUUAAUGUGGGUGACCUCUCUUCCCGGAGUGCGAACGUGGAACUUUGAGUUGUUUUUCUACACCCACCAAUUAUAUGUAGUCUUUAUUGUCUUUUUGGCCCUGCAUGUUGGUGACUUUGUUUUCACUAUGGCUGCUGGGGGAAUAUUUCUCUUUGUGCUUGAUCGAUUUCUGAGGUUCUGCCAAUCACGAAGGACAGUUAAUGUGAUCUCAUCUAGAUGCCUUCCAUGUGGCACUGUGGAAUUGGUUCUGUCUAAACCUCAAAGUUUGAGAUACAAUGCACUAAGUUUCAUUUUCGUUCAAGUCCGGGAACUAUCAUGGCUGCAGUGGCAUCCAUUCAGUGUUUCUUCUAGCCCUUUGGAUGGAAAGAAUCACCUUGCUAUUCUCAUUAAGGUUCUUGGCAAAUGGACAGAAAAGUUGAGACACAGGAUUACUGAUGUUGAUGCACAAAAAGAUUCAUCUGUCAUAACAACUUCAGUUGAGGGGCCAUAUGGGCAUGAAGUACCAUACCACUUAAUGUACGAAAAUCUUAUAUUAGUGGCUGGUGGUAUUGGACUUUCACCCUUCCUUGCUAUAUUGAGUGACAUUCUCCACCGUGUUAGGGAGGGGAAACCCUGUCAAUCGAGAAAUAUUUUACUUGUUUGGGCGGUGAAAAAAUCAAACGAGCUUCCACUUCUCUCAACCAUUGACAUGCAAUCAAUUUGUCCAUCCUUUUCAGAUAAAGUAAACAUUGAUAUCCAUAUUUAUGUCACCCGAGAAUCAGAUCCUCCAGUGGAAGAGGGAUACAGUUACAAACCAAUAAAAUCUUCAUUCUGCCCUAUGGCUAGUGAUUGUGGCAUGUCUGUUUUGGUUGGUACAGGAGACAAUGUUUGGUCUGGAUUGUAUGUCAUUUCAUCUACCGUUGGCUUUGUGAUAUUGCUGGCUUUGUUGUAUGUUUACUACAUAGCCCCAUUUCACAUAGAAACAUGGUGGUACAAGGGACUACUAUAUUUAAUCUGCAUGGUUGCAAGUGUUGUUAUCUUUGGUGGUUCAGUGGUUGCAAUGUGGCAUAUUUGGGAAAAGCAAAAUUCUUUGAAGGACAAUUCCAAUGAUACAAAGGUUGAUAAGAUUCAUCAGAAUGGCUCUUUGACUCCCAAGGCUCCAAGUCAAGUUAGUAUUGCUAAGUCAACUGUCAUUCGUUAUGGUUCCAGGCCAGACUUUAAAGAAAUUUAUGAAUCAAUGUCAGAGAAAUGGGGCCUUGUUGAUGUGGGUAUCAUAGUUUGUGGCCCUUCAACACUUCAGACAAGUGUUGCUGAAGAAAUCAGGUCACACAGUAUGACAAGACAACGCCAUCAUCCCAUCUUCCAUUUCCACAGUCACAGCUUUGAUCUCUAGUUCCCCAAAAGGAAGAUGGAAGACAUGCAUUCACUAAAAAAAAGCAUAUAUAUAAUGUGUAUUGUAUAUUGCAGUAAUCAAAUUCUAGGACCCUUUGUAGCAUUGGUGCUAUAAUAGCCUAUAGUCCUUAGAAGGGUUCUAAUUCUAAGCGGGAUGAUAUAAUUUUACUCCUUAUGUGAAUAUAUACAUUAUCACUAGACAUAUUUUAUAUGCAAUUUUAGCUUCCUUGUAUAUUUA